UUUUUAGAGAUCAAUGAGAUAGUGCAGAUACACACAGACCUAGAGACUCCAGGAGACGAUGCGACACUCAGCCUGAAAAGAUCUGGAAGAUCCAAAAUGAAAACUGAUUAUUGAAUGAAAUUAAAACCUAAGGUAAUUUGAGAUUAGAGAACCAUGCUAACACUCCCGUUUGAUGAGUCUGUUGUCAUGCCCGAAUCCCAGAUGUGCAGAAAGUUUUCUAGAGAAUGCGAGGACCAGAAGCAAAUGAAGAAGCCGGACAGCUUUUCCAAACAGAUUGUCCUUCGAGGAAAGAGCAUCAAAAGGGCCCCCGGAGAAGAAACCGAGAGAGAGGAAGAAGAGGAAGACAGGGAAGAGGAAGGUGAAAACGGUCUGCCCAGGAGGAGGGGUCUUAGGAAAAAAAAGACGACCAAGCUGCGGCUGGAGAGGGUCAAGUUCAGGAGGCAGGAGGCCAACGCGAGGGAGCGGAACAGGAUGCACGGCCUCAACGACGCGCUGGACAAUUUGCGCAAGGUGGUCCCCUGUUACUCCAAAACCCAGAAACUGUCCAAAAUAGAAACUCUACGACUGGCCAAAAACUACAUCUGGGCGCUUUCGGAAAUCCUAAGAAUUGGCAAGAGACCCGAUCUGCUCACCUUCGUCCAGAACUUGUGCAAAGGUCUUUCCCAGCCAACUACAAACUUGGUGGCAGGCUGCUUGCAGCUCAACGCCAGGAGCUUCCUGAUGGGGCAGGGCGGGGAGGCUGCCCACCACGCCAGGGCGCCCUACUCCACCUUCUACCCACCCUACCACAGCCCUGAGCUCGCCACCCCCCCGGGGCACGGGACUCUCGAGAAUUCCAAGUCCAUGAAACCCUAUAACUACUGCAGUGCGUAUGAAUCCUUCUAUGAAAGCACUUCCCCUGAGUGUGCCAGCCCCCAGUUCGAAGGUCCCCUAAGUCCCCCCUCGAUUAACUAUAAUGGCAUAUUCUCCCUGAAGCAAGAAGAAACCUUGGACUAUGGCAAAAAUUACAAUUACGGCAUGCAUUACUGUGCAGUGCCACCCAGGGGUCCCCUUGGGCAGGGUGCCAUGUUCAGGUUGCCCACCGACAGCCACUUCCCUUACGACCUGCAUCUGCGCAGCCAGUCUCUCACCAUGCAGGAUGAAUUAAAUGCAGUUUUUCAUAAUUAAUGAGGAAAAUGAGAAUAAAC